CGCCGCAGCGUGAGUGAGCUCCUCCGGAUUGUUCCAUGGCGACAUUGUCGAUUGAUUUAUCAUCCUGCGCUUUCUCGUAUUUCGGUCGCCGGGAGUGAAAUCUGUAAUGCCUCCUGCCCUCCAGUAUCCCGCCAGACCAAACCAGGGCUCAGUUCCGCGCCGUUGCCAAGAACUGAGCACAUCGUUUCAACACAACGGGCACCGCGUCCACUUCAACAAAAUUGUCGAAUGAGUCCUCGUUCCGGGUUCUCCCAGGAUCUUUCGAAGUUUACCUCGAUCGGUUACUACCCCACGAUCAUUCGGUCAAGGUUUGCGAGAUUGAUCGAGACGUGUGAGUGGGGGAGCCAUGUCGAAGCGUAAGGAUACUGCCACGGUGAUAACGCGGGAGGGGGAUAAGCUGGAGGUCACCCCCCUUGGUGCUGGAAAUGAGGUUGGACGUUCGUGUGUCUACAUGACCUACAAAGGCAAAACUGUGAUGUUUGAUUGUGGAAUUCAUCCUGGCUACUCUGGAAUGGCAGCGCUUCCCUAUUUCGAUGAGAUAGAUCCUAUCAGCAUAGACGUUCUACUCGUGACGCAUUUUCAUCUCGACCAUUGUGCUUCACUUCCUUAUUUCCUGGAGAAGACGAAUUUCAAAGGAAGGGUAUUCAUGACACAUGCCACUAAAGCCAUUUACAAGCUCCUUCUAUCCGAUUUUGUCAAAAUCAGUAAGGUGUCAGUGGACGACAUGCUGUACGAUGAACAUGAUAUUGCACGCACGAUGGAGAAAAUUGAGGUGAUUGAUUUUCAUCAAACCAUGGAAGUAAAUGGGAUUCGGUUCUGGUGUUAUACAGCAGGCCAUGUAUUGGGUGCAGCUAUGUUCAUGGUUGAUAUAGCUGGCAUGCGAGUGCUGUAUACAGGGGAUUAUUCUUGUGAGGAGGAUCGCCAUCUCCGUGCUGCUGAGAUGCCACGCUUUUCGCCAGAUGUGUGCAUUAUUGAAUCAACAUACGGUGUGCAAAUUCACCAGCCACGCAUUAUGCGAGAAAGAAGGUUCACGGAUACCGUUGCUCAAACUGUUAGUCAGGGUGGAAAGGUCCUGAUCCCUGCCUUUGCCUUAGGACGAGCUCAAGAAUUACUCCUGAUCCUUGAUGAAUAUUGGGAGGCGCACCCUGAGCUACAACACAUUCCUAUAUACUAUGCAUCCCCUCUUGCAAAGAAAUGCAUGGCAGUGUAUCAGACCUACAUUAAUGCUAUGAACGAACGUAUUCAAAAGCAAUUUGAGGUCUCAAACCCUUUCGAUUUUAAACACAUUCAGCCAUUAAAGAACAUUGACGAAUUCGAUGACAUUGGCCCUGCUGUUGUGAUGGCGUCUCCUGGAGGGCUUCAGAGCGGGUUAUCAAGACAACUUUUUGACAUCUGGUGCCAAGACAAGAAAAAUUCUUGUGUAAUUCCUGGAUACGUGGUUGAGGGAACUCCCGCCAAGGCAAUCAUGAAUGAGCCUAAGGAAGUGACUCUUCUCAGUGGUCUGGUCGUACCUCUAAACAUGCGGGUACAUUACAUAUCAUUUUCUGCUCAUGCAGAUUUCACUCAGACAAGCGCAUUUUUGCACGAGCUGAGACCACCCAACAUUAUUCUCGUCCAUGGAGAGGCCAAUGAAAUGGGACGCUUGAAGGCGAAGCUGACCACGCAAUUCGCUGAGCAGAACGUCAAGAUUCUGUCACCAAAGAAUUGUCAAACAGUUGAAAUGUUUUUUAAGGGAGAGAAGAUCGCCAAGGCAGUGGGUCGUCUUGCGGAGAAGCCAGCUAAAGAAGGAGACAUUGUGAGUGGCCUGUUGGUGCGGAAGGGCUUCACAUAUCAGCUGAUGGCGCCAGAUGAUCUGCACAGCUUCACUCAGCUUUCUACCGGCAGUGUCAUGCAACGACAAUCGGUUCCUUACAAGGGCACAUUCAUCGUGCUUCGCCAUCGGCUUCAGCAAAUGUAUGAACAAGUGGAGGCCGUAGCGAAAGCAGACAGUCCAAUUCUGAAAGUACAUGGAAACCUCACAAUAACCCAUGAAGGAGCUGACCAGGUGAUUCUGCAAUGGGUCUCCGACCCCAUUAGUGAUAUGGUAGCCGACUCAGUGGUAGCGAUGAUCUUGAAGCUGGACUCGCAAUCCAUGUUUGCUGUAGGAGGUGAACGAUCUAAAGAAACCCGAUUAGAGAAAAAUGAGAUUAAGAUAGUCCACUCGCUUCUAGUUUCGUUAUUUGGAGACGUUACACUAGAUGAGAAGCAACAAACUUUAACUGUAAAUGUAGAUGGCACUGUAGCAACCGUAGACCACGUUAAAAAAGGCAUCGAGUGUAAGGAUGAAAACCUGAAAGAGCGCAUCAAGGUUGCCCUUCGCAGAAUACAAACGGCUCUGUAUCCUUUAGAUGCCUAACCUUGCGCCUUGUGAUGCUUUCAUGAGUUCGGAGUAUUUGUAGUUGAUACGGUAUCAAGAGCCAUCCGUCACCUUAGGAGUUUCCAACUGGUCAUCUUUUUGGUUCAAAACCUUCACUGGUAGCGAUGAAGACUCGACAAGCUUCGAGGUUUUUGUCUUGCAAGUGGUAGGUAUCCUCCCAGGGGUUUUGAGCAGGGGAAUGAGGAAGCACAAAAGGUGUGGGUAAUCGUGUUUACCCUGCUCCACAUCGGAUUUAAGCAAGUGAACCAGCUGUUCCAGACUUGGACAGCUGAAAAGGAGCAGGUCUUCUUGCAGCAGAUUUUGCAAAGAGUCCCAAUUAUAUGGAUUCAACUGCAGGUGAUGCAAAAUUGUUAGCAGCCCUCAGCUGGGCAAGCUUGCCGCCCAGCAUUUCUCAUGAAAACGAGAGGGAAAACAAAGGAGGGGAAUCAUGGGUUGCACCUGAACUGCCGAAGCCAGUGAUGCUCCCACCCAAAAUUGCUUUUUGCCUGAAACUUGAGCUUUCAUGGAUAUAGUUGCAAGUUGACAAUCCUGCAGCUCUUUUCGAAUCUGGGAACCAUAUCCCAGUCAUGUUUGCCGCAUCACCUAACUUGCAUCCUUAAUAUGUAAUGUGGUCGUGAUUAUACACGCAGAUGGAUUGUGAUACAUUGUUGGAUUGGAUGCUCUCAAUUUAGAACAAUGUAUUGCUUCAAUGAAGGUUUGGAGUUGUGAUCUUCGAUCAGUGUGCUAAUAAUAAAAAUUAUGUACUGCUAUCCUGUAAA